AUGUCUUCGAUGCCAUGGAGUUUAGCACAAACGAGCUUGAGUGGGGCGGGAGCGCGACGUCAACGAGAGUUCGAUCAGACGGUGCUGGCACAUCGGCACGUUAAUGGCGCGUUCCGACACAUACCAACUGCUGCCGCUGAUUACGCGAGCCGUUUGAUGCUCGAGCCUGGAACUGAUGCGUGCAACGAGAAGAAGUUUACCCCCUGGUUCACGGCGGACAAGGUUCUAGGUCUGGAGUAG